ACACACACGCACACGCGCCAAACUGCUUGAUCAAAAUCCUACCCCUAAUCGACGCAAUAGUCGAACUGCGAAGAAAGCGCCAGAAGCUAGCGAGUUCAACGAAUGUCUUUUUGCCGGUAGCGAAACCGAUGCGGGGCCAGUCACCACAGGACAAUGUGGUGUCGGGCAAUAUUCCGAACCUAUCGCAGUUUACCCGCACUGACGGUCACAGUGCGUCGACGAGCGGUUUACCCCGAGGCAUUUAUAGCUAUCAAAAUGUGAGUGGGUUCCCGCAGAUGAAAAAAGAGGAAAUUAAAGACGAACCGGGAGACUCACCCAUCCACAACCCAUCGAACCAAUAUCAACUGCAACCGAUGCAGGGAAUGCUUACCGCUGAAAGCACCUCACCAGGACCGGAUCGAUCGCCGUCCACGCUCACACCAUCCCCAGGCAUCGGUGGUCCGAUCUCACCCCUGGAUCCCGGCAACGUCACACCUACCCCACCCGCCUACACCACGCUGGGCGGCCCCGUUGGCAAUCUGUUCGGUACCUUUGCUACCAAUUUCGGUAACGGCACAGCGCAGCAGCAACCGAACGCCAGUCUGCCGAUAUUCGAAACCAACCUGCCCGGUCCAUCGAACGGUUGGGUGCAGCCCGUACCAUUACAGAACCAAAACGUCCCUAGUCAACAGCAGUCCUUCAAUUUGGGCAACUUUGGCUCGCUGCCACUUACCGGCGAAUCGAUGCUAACCAUGAACACAACGAACACGAUCCCCACCAACAACAGCCUGCCGAACGUGGGUCCACUCUCGAUGGGGUCCGAUUUGAACUUUAUGAACCUUGACUUUACAAACCUCGAGCCGUUCAACUCGUCCGAGAUACGGUCCGUGCUGGGGACGCUCUCUACGACGGAGCUGAACCGUCUGGAGCAUGCGGCAAACAUGCAGACGUCCGGUAAUUACCAGCAAAAUGCCGCCACCUCCAACCAGCAGCAAACUCUCAAGACUCUCUUGGCAACACAGCAACAGCAACCCCAGCAGGAACAAGGCCAAACGCUACCAGAUCGAAACGACAACGACGAGGACCUGACCGAUAGCUUUACGAAACUCAGCACCAACGACUUAAACUAAGCUAAGGCACCAAACCCCCUCACACACCUCCUGUCCCGACUAAUUUGUCCCACCAUUCCCCUACCCUUUUGACCCAAUGGCAAUCGGCAAAACGCCUAAUGUAAUUGAUCCGAACACAAUUCUUUCGCUUCAGAUCGUGUAGUCCGUAAGCAUCAAAUGACCUGCGCUGUGUUGACGACAUUUUGUAUAAUUGAUUGUUAAGUUUUCUAUUGCGGACGUUCAAUACUGACCAUUGGCAAGUAAAACUAAAAAAAAAAACAAGGAAGAUCCGUUGAGAUUUUGUUAUACAUAAGAGCAAAUUAUGCGA